UCGUGGCAGGGUGUUCUUCAAUUACUUGUAAUUCAAGUAAGUUUUUCGCUUGGAUUACUAUAUUUCCAAAACCCUUUUGACCUUCUUAAAUAAGUUUUAUUUUUCGUGAAAGAUGUCGGGUGGCCCAACCCACCCAGGUUGGUUCCUAAGUACAUAUGUUUGGUUAAUUCGGACGCCAAUUUUCAAAAUUUGCAAACACAGAGCAGGGCAGGUGCAGAUAUCGAUUUCAUUCACAGUUGAUUUAUUGUCAGACAGCUUUUGUGGUAAAAAACAAAAAACAAUAGAUGUACAGUUCAUUAUCGUACAAUAUACUCCAGGUCGACAAAACAACAAACGCUCAUCAAGCGUGUACGCACGCGCGCGCGCAAGCCAGUGUAAACUGGGUUCGACAUGUGACUUGAAGACACAUAUAAGCUGAAAAUCUAGUGCCUUCCAGGAACUGUGGGCACGGAGGGAAAAAGCGUUAUUCUUCGGUUCUGUGCUAGCAGGAGAUGAUAUCUUAUGGCGUCUUCUUGUUUAUCCUUGUUUCUUCAAGGAAAUCUUUUAGAAAGUCAAACUUGACGUUGACAAUGUAAUGAGCUUAGUGCAGCCUAAGGGAUCAUGGAGUCAUCCACUCAAGAGAUAUCAGCUGCUGCCCCUCGUGAGCUGGACUUGUUUGGAGAAGAAGCUCUGGAAGAGAUAUUUGAAUCCAUUGAAAGUCUUCGAGCACAAAUUGACCAGCUACAAAUACAUUGUGAAAAGCUAUCCACAGAAAAGACUAAAGUUGAUCAGAUGUUAGUUGAUAAAGAAAAGGAAUGCCAUGCAAUGAAAGAGCAACUUCAAGAAGACAUCAAUAAUCUGAGGAAAUUGAAUUUACAGUUGCUAUCUUCUCAGAAGACAUCUCAGAAAGAUGCCUCAGAUUUGAGUACUUCAGCAAGCUUAUUGAAGGAGAUCUUUGACUCUGAAGAAGUUUAUCAUAAAAAAUUAGAAGCUGAAGCCAAGGUGGAUGCACUACAGUUAACGUUACUGGAAAAGGAUAAAUACAUAUCAAGUUUAGAAUGGCAGUUAGUUGAUUCUGAGGCCACCAUUACAUCAGUGCAAGCAGAGAGAGAUCGUCUUGCUCUAGAACUUGACUGUGCUUUAGCUCGAGAACAAGAUUCAGAUCUCCAGGCACUUGGAGCUGUUGGAGACAUAUCAGGCUACAGUGAUCCUUUAGAGCAUGCCAAUUAUGGUUUGGUGGAGUCAGGAUAUGUGGACGACAUGCCUGUUAGACGCGUCAGGAAGCAGCCUCGAAGACACCUCAGUGACUUGACUACUCGCGGGAACUCAUAUUUUGAUGAUUUUGGUGCAAUCUUGGCUGGGCACAUAAGCCUCUCUGACUAUGACGUUCCAACAUUAGCAGAAAAAGAAUCUCGUGGACUUGGUAAUCUUAAAAGAGCAACUAACUUCAGCAAUAUUAAUAACCUAGAUGAAUUUGAGAAGUUUGAUAAAAGGCCACCUCUGUCUCCUAAAGUACCGGGUUGGGAGAGUUUUGAUGACUCAGAAGCAGGGCUGUCACCUGUGUUAAACAAAGACAAAUGGCAUGGGUUUAGUGAUGUGAGUAACAUCGAAGGAGAUGAAGGCAAUGAACCAAAUGCUGAUAACGAAGAUAUGUGGACAUUUACUCCUGAUAGUAUCCUGAAUGUGUCUACUGGGGAAGAGUUGUGUAGCUUAACUACAGAGCCAAGCAACAUUCGGAGGUUUUCAAAAGGCAGUAGUACAGUUCCUGAGAAAGACAUACUUGACGACGGCAGCACUGCAGGUCAGCAAGUGGUCAGUGGAAUAUUGCCUGUUCAAAGAAGAGAGUCUCUGCCAGCUGAGAAGGCAAAUGUUGAGGUUACUUUAGUUGGGCAUCAGAAAACACCAAGUGAACCUAUAGACACUAAGGACUCCUGUAAUAAUGACAAGCAGAUGGCCACUGAUAUCAAAAAUAUGUCCAAUAAGAGACUUGAGGAAUAUCACAAGUGGAAAGUGUCCGGUUGCAAGGGUGAUCCACCAGCCAAACUCAAAAUAUCACAGUGCUGACCAAAGGAUGCUAACAGUGAAUUACAUACUAGUAAUUUUUGAAAGAGCUCGAUACAAACAUGACAAUAAAAUAAUGUACAAGGUACCAAUUUCAUUGCAUUACAGAGCUUAGUUGCAUAUUUCAGUACAAGAGGGGUUCAAUUGAUUGAUAAAUUAAUUAAUUAAUAUGUUAAACCACGGUUUAUAUGUUUUACAAGGCUAUGAGCCUGUAAAUUGACAAGCUGUUUGUAACUGUUAAAGUAUGUAGUAUGUUAAACUUUACAACAGUGCAUGAGUAAACAAUGCUACGUUACCUUAAAAUUUAUUUCUGUAAUCUCUGCAGACUCUCUCUUUCUCGCCAUUUUGUUAUAUUGAUGAGCAAAGGGAAAGGCAUGCAACCCUUGUUUUGCAAUGCUAUUCUAAACAGUUUUUUAAUAGCUUGUGUUUAAUUAGAGCAGUUUUCAAUUGGCGGUCAUAAACUCAAAACCAAAGGAAUUACUCUGGCCAAUCACAAACGACACGGACAAUACAGUCAACCAAUCAACUUGAAGUAAUUACAUGUAGCCGACGCCAAGCGCGGGAAAACAUGUGCGAGUGAGUCACGAGUGGUUGUGGUUUUGCUUCUGAUUGGAUAAAAACGUGGCGCGAGUUUCCUUAAGCCAAUCAAGUAGCAAAGAAAGUGCAAAACCAAUUUCUUUCCACCACUAAAAUGAAAACAGUUCUAAUGCAAAGAAAUUAAUAUUUAAGAAAUUCUAGGUUUAAGAAAUUCUAGAUCAAUUGCGAGUACAUGACAUCAGUUGAUCUCUAAAACAGCUGUUGUGAACUAUAAGUAAAAUUAAUAUAUAUCGUUCUAAAAGAAAUGAAUCCUUACAGUGUUGAUGAGAUGAAUGCCAUGUUCAAAAUCCCUAGUCUGGUUUGUCUGGUUGUGUUAAGAAAUUAAAUUAUCCUCGAAUCAUUGCAUGCUUUCAAUACAGCGCUUAUAAAAAACACAGACAGACAUCUUCUAUUGAAUAGAUGUACUGCAUUUUCUAGCUGUUGGUUACAUCUGUAACCACAGGGAAUGUCUGUCAGGACAACUACGUGUGAAGUGAAAUGGUUUGGGGAGAAAAUGAGUUGUCACGUGUGCUUAUUAAAUAAGGGUGGUGUGAAACUGACAUGAAUUUAGCCAUUGUAAUGGACAAGUUCAUUGAUGAGAUGGUUUCCUGUGCAUUCAGAUUGAAGGUAGAAACGUUCGGCAGGAGAACAGUCUGUUGGAUGUUUGUUUUUUGUCAAGUCUUGCUUUAAUCCUCUUCUGAAAAAUGAAGUUGCUAUAAGACAUUGUAAGUUGUGUUUCUAUCCUUAAGUAUGAGCAGCAGUUUACUAUAGGCAUUUAUCAUUUCAUUUAAAAAAUGGACAUUGCUAAGAUGCAGUCUUAAAAACGGGGCAAGUGGAGUCGAAAAUUAAAUUUAAAAUGUGUAUAUAGUAAGAUAGAAAUGCUAUUUAUUUAAUAUUAUUUAUUAUUGUAAUAAGUUUAAACAAGUGUUUUGUGUGUUGAGUGAUUAAAAAAUUAAACAAACUA